UCUCAUGAUGGCAUCUGCUCUGUUGUUGUUUGCAGUACUGUUUUUAGGUACUGUAGACUCGUCUCAUAUAAAAACGAGAAAGAGUGGAGAGGACCAGUGGGAGGAUUGUCCCGAUAUUGAGAAUUUCUUCAGCUACGAUCCAAACUCGCCAUGCGGGCCCCAACACUGGCAUAAACGAUACCCAUUAUGUGGAGCCGACAAACAAAGUCCAAUCAAUAUCGACACUGACAAAACUAGUCGUGAAAACGACGGACGAGUCCACUACAAACAUGCUGGAAAAGUUGAAGGAAUAUUUGAAAAUAACGGUCGCGCGCCUAACUUCGUUGUUAAAGAAGAUCACUUGAGAAAUAUACUAAUUAUGGAUGAAGACGAAGACAAUGAUAACGGGGACGAUAACGGGGACGAUAACAGAUAUGUUUUUAGAGAACUGCACUUCCACAUCGGAGCAAAAGGGUCUUCCUAUGGAUCAGAACAUACUGUUAACAAUAAAGGAUAUAAAGGGGAGAUACACGUGGUACACAAGAAACUGCAGAGUGACGAAAAUGACAACGACAACGGAGACGAUGAUCAACAGGAAAUUCUUGUUUUAGGAAGGUUCUUCAAUAUACACAUGGUACACAGGAAACUGCAGAGUGACGAAAAUGACAACGACAACGGAGACGAUGAUCAACAGGAAAUUCUUGUUUUAGGAAGGUUCUUCAAUGUAAUUGAGAAUUGUUGCAGUUAUGCAGAUCAUCUAAUUUCAAGAUACAUUACCAACAUCCCAAACUAUUUGGACGAGACAGAGGCGCAUGUUGAGCCAAGCCGGAUGUUACCUCGGGAUGGAAAAUUUUAUAAAUACGUUGGCUCUACGACAACCCCAAUGUGUAUACCCGAUGUCCUGUGGAUUUUGUUCAAGACUCCUACCACUGUCUGUGAGAAGAAUUUACAAGAUUCUUAUGGAUUUAGAAACAUGGGAAGUUGGGAAUCCUCCAUUAAGCAAAUUUGGAAAUAAUCGUCCAAUCCAACGCUUCGAUGUAGAUGAUGUCAAAACCAACUUCGGAAAGAAGUGAAGAGACGAAGUAUAGAUUUUCACUUUUGUUCCCCGAUAUAAGAUUUUAUUUCGGGAAAGUAAAAUCAAUAGUCUUUGUGUUGCUAAAAAUCACUAUGAAGGAUAAUAAAAUGGCGAUAUUGUGAACUAAAAAAUAUUUGUUCUUUAGAUUGAGGACAUUUAUCGAAUUUAUAAUUAUAUCUCUGUAUUUGAUCAUUCUUGUUCAAAAGUUUUAAAUCUGUCAACAUCUGAAUAAAGUUAGUUACAGUAUAAUA